UUGCAAAGUUUUUAAUUAAUUGCUAAUUUAAACAAAAACAGGUUAAUAAUUAUCGUAUAAGUGAAAAGCAAACAAAGUGCAAUAUUAGAUAUAUAUAAAUAUAAUAAAACAAAAAAAUAAACAAGCUUUCUACUGCCAAUUGUACUUGCUGUGUCUUUAAUAUUAAACAAAUAAAGUGCCUAAUUUUAGUUAAUGCAAUAUAUAAAACGAAUUAUUUAAAGAUACAAAUUUAACUAAAACGUGCGCAAAUUUUGGUAUUUGUAUAAUUUAUUUAUUUAAUCAGUGAUUUUUGCUGUGCAACUACUAUCUUUUGCCAAGGUUUUCCAGUUGUCCUUGGUUUAUUUAGCAAAUCAGUGAAUGAUUUUACCAAUUUUACACUAUGCCUACCUAAAGAGCUACAGCAAAUUUGAAUAUAUAUUUAAGAAGCAAACUAAUUUUUAACUCAAAUAACAAACAAAACAAGGACAAUCGAUUUCGGCAGCAAAUCGUGCUUCCAUAAAUAGUUAACACUUUUAUUUGAAAUUAACUAAAUAUAAACUAAAAAUGUGCUGCAAUUGUUGCAGCGUUAACCAGCGUAAAGCUUGGGUUUAUGGUUUGGGUACCCUAUUUGCCACUUUGGGUGUAAUCCUAUUAGUUUUGUGGGGUAAUUGGGCGGAAUCAUUAGUACGAAGUGGUUUAGUUUUGAAACCGGGCAGCGAUGCUUAUGACAGUUGGGUGGAGGCACCCAUACCUAUUUAUUUAACAUUUUAUAUGUUUAAUUGGACCAAUCCCGAAGAGGUUAGAAAUCCUAAGGUUAAGCCUAAUUUUGUGGAAAUGGGCCCCUAUGUUUUCUUGGAGAAACAUUUAAAGGAAAAUAUUUCGUUCUACAACAAUGAUACAGUUUCGUAUUAUGAGAGAAAAACCUGGUAUUUCCAACCUCAACUAUCGAAUGGCUCGUUGGAUGAUAUGUUGACUUCGGGACAUGCUGUAACAGCGACUGUAGCCGAUGAAAUGCGUCAUUCCAAUAGAUUUUUAAAGAAAAUCAUUAAUUUCAUUUUCAAUCAUGAGGGUGGUAAACUAUACGCCACCAAACGUGUGGGUGAUUGGAUAUUUGAAGGUUAUCAAGAUGAUUUGGUAGACUUUUUGAAACUCUUCAAUACAACCAAAAUAAAUAUACCAUACAGUAAAUUUGGUUGGUUGGUGGAUCGUAAUGGUUCCCUAGAAUAUGAUGGCUCUUUUACCGUUUACACUGGUGUGGAAGAUAUUACAAAACUGGGCCUACUAUCGCAUUGGAAUAGUAAAAACGAGACAGGCUUUUAUGAACCACCUUGUGGUAUUGUUAAUGGUACUACUGGAGAUGUCUUCCCUCCAAACUUGGAUCCAAAAGGUGAAAUCACCAUAUUUGCCACCGAUGCCUGCCGUUUUAUGAACUUGCGUCCGAAUGGUACAAUGGAAAAACAUGGUUUAACCGCCAUCGAAUGGGUGGGUACUGAUGAAACUUUAGACUCUGGCGAGAAUUUCCCCAACCAGCAGUGUUUCUGUGAUCCCAGACUGGAAGAUUGUCCCAAAACUGGAGUGGUAGAGUGCAAGAAAUGUCGUGAUAAUGCUCCCAUAUACGCUUCUUUUCCACAUUUCUAUCUGGCCGAUGAAUCAUAUUUGAAUGAUGUGUCUGGUCUGACACCAGAUCCCCAGAAACACAAAUUUGUAUUGGCAGUGGAGCCAAUUACAGGUCUGCCAGUGCAAAUCAAUGGACGUUUACAAAUUAAUAUGAACAUGAUAGCCGACAAAGAUUAUGAUAUCUUCCGGGACAUUAAUGAAUUCUUAAUGCCACUGUUUUGGUUUGAUCAAUCGGCUUACUUAAGUCCUGAGUUGGCCAAAAAAGCCAGGCUGGCUAUUAAUUUAGAAGAUUAUGGCCGCUACUUUGGCAUUGCCUUAAUCUGUUUGGGUGGUGUCUUCUUUAUCACCGGCAUUGCCCUGACUCUUACCAAGAAAUGGAAACGCACGCCCAACGAUGAUGAAGACAUGUUAACUAACUGAUUUACUUACAAUCAUAUUUAUAUGUAUUAGUUUUUAUUAAAAAAAAACUCACCAUUUUAGUCUUGUUUCUAUUCAGUUAUUGUGCCAAAAUUUAGUUUUUUAUGAACCUGUUUGUAUAUAUUUAAUAAGUUUAGUAUUUUGUUUUUAUCUCAUUUAGUUUAUUUUGUGUUUAAAUUUAGUUGUGGGAUUUUAAUAGCAAUAUUUUAUUUAUAUUGCUAGAUUUUUUGUAUUUUAAAUUAAGACAAAAAAAGUACUAUACCAUUUAAGUUUUUUUUUUAAUUUUUUAAUUUAGUUUAUAAUUAAACAAGUAAAGCAGUCACUUAACUAUAAAUUCCAUAUUAUGUACGAUAAAAAACAAAUGUGAUAGCUUAUAAGCAUAAAAUAUGUAAAUAAAUAAAAAUUAACGUUUUUUAUAUAAAAAAAACUAAAA